AUGCGCGGAAUCCGGGUGUACGUCCCACCAGAGCUGCGGCGGAACGUGCUCGCGGAGCUGCACUCUACACACUUUGGGGGCACACGCUUGAAGUCGCUCGCCAGAGGAUACGUGUGGUGGGAGCGGAUCGACAAGGACAUCGAGGAGCUGAUCCGGAACUGCGCGGCCUGUCAGGUGACACGGGCCGAUCCUGCGAAAGUGCCUCUACACUGCUGGGAAACGCCUAAGGGACCAUUCGACAGAGUGCACGUGGAUUUCGCUGGACCAUUUAUGGGUACGUACUUCAUCGUAUUUGUUGACGCGUACUCCAAGUGGCCAGAAGUGAAGAUCUUGCGAGACAUCACUACGAGUACGACCAUCCACGCCUGUCGUGAAUUCUUUGCUGCCUACGGGAUACCUGCCGUGCUCGUGAGCGACCACGGAGUGCAAUUCACGUCGGCCGAGUUUCAGCACUUCCUGAAACAAAAUGGAAUCUUCCACAAGAUGGGCACACCGUACCAUCCGGCAACCAACUGUGAGGCAGAGAGAUUCAUCCAAACGUUCAAGGGCAAGAUGAAGGCUCUCAACCUGCGACAAGUCGAAAAUGCACGCGGAACUGUGCAACAUCCUACUCAGUUACCGCAGAUCCGCUCUCGACUUGACCUGGUGGUCCCGAACGCUGCAGUGGUGGAAGAAAAAGCCGAAGUAGCCGUUCGAUCGCUUCCCGAGGGGGCGAGAGUUGCUGCUCGUGACUUCCUGAGCAAGGACAAGUGGAAGUACGGUCACGUUGCUGAAAAGUUGGGCAAACUCCACUACAACAUCAAGCUGGACGAUGGUCGACUCUGGAAUCGACCAGCUGCGAGAAGUCGGAGCGAACCUGCCGUCUGGACGUCCUGA